UUCAAGCAACUCAUAUUAUUUUUUAUUUUUUGCAUGGAAUAGCAGACUAUGAAUGGUAAUCGCAAGACCUCCCAAGUAAUCGGCAACGUCUAGCUGCCAAAAUGGACCAAUUUUUUAUUAGGCUAGCUCCCGGUAAGUUAAUAGUCUUCAUUCAAAUCCCAACCGGGCCAUAAUUAAUUAGACUUUGUCUAAUAUGCUUAUAAUAAUACCAAUCCUAUUAUAAUUCAACAUCCAUGGCAUCUGAAACUUCUAGAGUAUCAGAAAAAAUCAAAAUCUGAAAGCCAGUUGAUAAAUUUGACAACUUUAGCCGUUAAGAGCCUCUAUAAAUAGUUGGUUAAACAGCCCAAUGAAGACAUCAUCGCAAAAGCUAAGAAUUAGCAGUUGCUGAAUUAUUAACACAGAGAUCAAUGGCAGAAGCAAAAGGAGUCGCCAAGCACAUUGUUCUAGUGAAGUUCAAAGAAGAAGUUUCAGCUGAAGAGAUUGAGCAACUCAUAAAGGGAUACGCCAAUCUCGUCAAUCUGAUUCCACCCAUGAAGUCUUUCCGUUGGGGUAUAGAUGCAGGCAUUGAGAAUCUGACACAAGGUUAUACGCAUGCGUUUGAAUCUACCUUCGAAACUACACAAGGGAUUGCAGAAUACGUAGCUCAUCCUGCUCAUAUUGAAUUUUCCAAUCAGCUUGCUCCUGCUCUUCACCAAGUCCUUACUAUCAACUACCAAUCCAAUACUGUUCAUCUCUAAAAAAAUUUUCAUUCGAAAUUAACCAUAUCGAAUAACAAGAGUAAUCUCUCUUUCUUCAAAAACUUCAAUAAAUGGAUGCUAUUGAAGCUCCUGUUUGUAUUUAGUUAUUAUUAAUAUUUUUGCUUAGUUUGAAUUCAUCAAUUAAUGAAUAUGUUAUCUUUUCUUUUCCUUUAUGUAAUUUAUUUUUGUUGCCAUAGAUUAAAACAACAAGUUCUACUCAGGGAAUAAGGAGCAACAAACCAGAA